AAUCCAAAAAACCCUAAAGUUUACGUCAAACGUCAUCACUUUUCCAUACCACACCAUUUCAAUCUCUUUCGUACUUCUUCUUCUUCUUCUUCUUUUGUUAUCGAUCUCGUCUUCCAGAAAUAACUCGUUUCGCAUACAUCUGUGAUUAGAGUAUUCAAUUGAUGGCUAAUAGACCCGAUCCAGAUAUCGAUGACGAUGAUUUUCUCGAUCUUUACAAGGAGUAUACUGGUCCUCCUGGAUCUGGAUCCGUAGUUAAUAACAAUAACCCACAGGAAAGGUUAAACCCUAAGAAAAGGUCUAAUGCAGGUUCUGACGAAGAAGACGAAAUUCGUGACCCUAAUGCUGUUCCAACUGAUUUCACAAGCCGUGAAGCUAAAGUUUGGGAAGCUAAAUCCAAAGCUAAUGAGAGGAAUUGGAAGAAAAGAAAAGAAGAAGAGAUGAUCUGUAAACUUUGUGGUGAAUCAGGUCAUUUCACUCAGGGUUGUCCAUCUACUCUUGGAGCAAACAAUAAGUCUCAAGAGUUAUUUCAAAGGAUACCAGCAAGAGACAAAAAUGUAAGAGCACUUUUCACUGAGAAAGUUAUAAGUAAGAUUGAAAGGGAUAUUGGCUGCAAGAUUAAGAUGGACGAGAAGUUCAUUAUUGUUAGCAGCAAGGAUAGAUUAGUUUUGUCCAAAGGUGUUGAUGCUGUGCACAAGAUUAGAGAGGAAGCUGAACAAAAGGGAUCUACCAGUUCUCAUGUGGACAGAAACAGAUCAAGGUCACCUGAGAGAAGUCCUGUUAAUGCUCGGUUUCAGCGCUCCGAGCCCCAGAGGUCUCAUUCUGCACCACGGAAUACACCUCAGUUUCCGCAAAGGUUUGGUAGGCAAGAGAGGGCUGUUGAAGAUCGUGUUCGGGAGGACGCUCAAAAGUUUGCAAGAGAUUCUCCACAAGCAAGAGCUUAUGUGAAUAGUGGACCUAGAGAUCGUUCAAGCCAGUCAAGAUCUCCAAGACAAGCCCCACAUUCAGGGAACUCAUAUAAUUCCUUUGAUGGCCGAAGUCAUAACAUCAGUACUUACAGGAAUGAUGGGUGGGAUUCCCAUAGGAGAGAAUCUGGCAUCCAACCCGGUCAACAGGUUGAUCACAAUGCCUUCCCUCAGACUCUAGAAGAAUUAGAGUUAGAGUAUAAAAAGGAAGCAAUGGAGCUUAUGAAAAUCCGUGACAGAGAAGAAGAUGAAGAAAAUUUCAAGCACCGCGAGGCUAUUCGAGAUUUAAGGGAGAAGUACAUGAACAAAGUUGCUUUGGUGAGUGCAACACACUCAAAACAAUGGGAGGAAUUUUUUCUGCUUGAUGCCCAGAGGCGUCAACAACAGGCAAUCAAACAAAUGUCUCCUGGAUAUCGGGGUUAUAAGCAGCAGAAUUUUGCUGACUAUGACGGGUCCACUGUCAAUCCUCCCUAUGGUGCAACCAAUUUACCUCUGGAAUCAAGGAACAGGUUCCCAGAGAGUAUGGAGCCUUAUCCUACAAGGCCUCGUGAUAAUUUUGGCGAGUUUCAGAGGCGUGGAGAUUUUUCAAAAGCUUACAACAGAUAUUAACAUUGUUUUUAUUAAGUGGGUCAAGAUUGGUCGAGUAGGUGUUUAAUGAACGGGAGCCCAUAAGGUAGGUAAGUAUGUUGAUUAAUGUUAAUAUUGGGAGGAGACAUGCAUUCUGGUUGAUGGAUCUAGUUAUUUUUAAAAUGGUCGUUCAUUUAGGUUAAAACCUUUUUUGUAAGUUGUGAUGCAUAACUGGUAGCACGGUACUGCAAUUUGGUGGAUGUAGUGAUAUUGGGAGAUCUUUUGAAGUACUGGUUGAUUUUAGUAGGAUGAAUUUUAUGCUGUGUCACGACACAGGUGCUUAAGGUACCAUUGUGGUUUCUUGUGGAUUUGAGUAAUGGAUAAAUCGAGAAAUGGCAGUUACAUUCCUUUC